CUGCGAAUAAGUCUCAAACUGAAACAUGGGGUUCUCAAGCUGCGAAUAAGUCUCAAACUGAACCAUGGGGUGCUCAAGCUGCGAAUAAAUCUCAAACUGAACCAUGGGGUGCUCAAGCCGUGGACAAAUCUCAAAUUGGACCAUGGGGUGCUCAAGCUGCAAAUAAAUCUCAAACUGAACCAUGGGGUGCUCAAGCUGCAGACAAGUCUCAAACUGCUCCAUGGUCUGCUCAAGCUGCGGACAAGUCUAAACCUGAUUCAUGGCAAGCUGCAGACAAGUCUAAAACUGAUCAAUGGGGUACUCAAGCUGAAGACAAGUCUAAAACUGAACCAUGGGGUACGCAAGUUGCGGACAAAUCUAAAAAUGAUUCAUGGCAAGCUGCAGAUAAGCCUCAAACUGCUCCAUGGGGUGCCCAAAAUGCAGAUAAAUCACAAACUGAACCAUGGGGUGCUCAAGCUGCGGACAAAUCUCAAACUGCUCCAUGGGGUGCUCAAGCUGCUGACAAGUCACAAACUGAACCAUGGGGUGCUCAAGCUGCUGGCAAGUCACAAACUGAACCAUGGGGUGCUCAAACUGCAAACAAGCCACAAACUGAUCAGUGGGGUGCUCAAGCUGUAAACAAGUCUCAAACUGAACGCUGGGGUGCUCAAGACGCUGACCUGAUCGAAGAAUCACGUGGAAGAAGAAAUGAACCUAGAGAGACUAAUAAUUGGGCUAACCCUAAUAAUUCAAAACAAUCUGAUACUUUUGGAUCAAAUGACAACACAUCGAGUCUGGAGAGUAAAGCUUGGUGGUGA